AUGGGAGAAGUUUAUCCCUCAUCGGGUAGCUGUUACAAGAAGGAAAAGCGUCUGAAAAGCAGCAGUUCUUGGAUUCAGGUCUGGUGGGCCCAGGAAACCACAUCAAAGCGGGACGUUGCCCUGAAAGUUAUCGACCUUGAAAACAAUCACAAACCUGAUGCCUUGGAUGUGUUGCAAAAGGAAAUUGCGAUCAUGCGAAAGUGUUCACACAAAAAUAUAAUCCACCUCCUUGCGACGUUCUCCUGUGGUUCUGAGUUGUGGCUUGUGGUUGACUUCAUGAACAGAGGAUCCUGUGGUGACCAGUUGCGUGCGAAAUACCACGACGGUUUUUCACAGGAAAUUGUGUCGUUCAUUCUCCAACAAGCGAUCGAAGGGAUUGCUUACCUUCACGGCGAGGAUUUGCUCCAUAGAGACAUUAAGGCAGAUAAUCUUUUGAUUGAUUCUAGCGGUCAUGUACGGAUCUCUGCGGCAGAAUUCAGAAUGUCCCAAGAAGCUCAGAGGAACAUGCGGAGAACUUUUGUGGGAACCCCUUCUUGGCUGGCACCGGAGGUUGUCGAACAAGAAAGUGGGUAUGAUUUCAAGGCUGAUAUCUGGGCUCUUGGAAUUACGGUCUUCGAAUUAUCCACUGGCAGUACUCCAUUCAGUGGGAUGAAACCUUUGAAAGUGUUGAAGUGCAUCUUGCAAGCACCUCCUCCGCGCUUGGACGAGCGCUUUCCGGCCAGUGUCAGAGAUUUGGUUUCCUCUUGUCUGCAGUCAGACCCAGCUGAUAGAGCAACUGCUUCAAGGCUGCUUCAUCACUCUUACUUCGAAAUAGCUCAG